ACAGGUGAAAGGAGUGCAUCGUCUCUCAAAUAAUGCCAUCAAAAUCUCAACGCUUCUGUUAAGAUGCCCGGCCAACUUCUGAGUAGCGUGCGGCAUCUCUCAUAAUUGCAGGCUCGGAUCUGUGUUGUAACAGUCCAAUAAAGCCAUGUUACAUAUGUGAGAGACAGCGGAGAAAGGGGGAGGGAGGAGGGAGGGAUGCAAGGCGAAGGAGGGAAGAAGAGAGCACUAACUAAGGAGGGCAUUUAGUAGACUCACGCCUUCACUCGGUCACUUUCUCUGACCAGCGACUUCCAGGACUGCAAACACCCGCUGCUUGCCAGCUCAACCAUUAUGGCCUACAACCCCCGCUUGAGCUGCGUCCUCCUCUUGUUGGUCUCCCUCCUCUGUCCUGCUCUUGGAGAACCUCAACGGACGACAGCAUCUCAACGCAGGUCAACACGCGCCCCGGCCGCCAAGGUGCGCUUGGCAGGAAGCUUUUCGCGUCAGCCGCACGAAGGCCGUGUGGAGGUGCUGCACAAUAACACCUGGGGGACGGUGUGUGACGAUGAAGUGGAUAUCAAACUGGCCAAUGUGGUGUGUCGAGAGCUGGGCUUCCAGGGAGGCAUAACGUGGGCACACAGCGCCAAGUAUGGAGAAGGAGAAGGUCCGAUAUGGAUGGACAAUGUGCGCUGUGACGGCACUGAGAAGUCUUUGAAAGACUGCAAGCACAACGGUUGGGGGGUCAAUGACUGCAAACACUCGGAAGAUUUGGGGGUGGUGUGCACAUCGGAGCGCAGGCUGGAUCAGUCGGCCAGUCGAGGCCACGCAACACUGAGAGCCAACGGCAGCCCUGCACCGCAGUGGCAGGGUGUUGUUGCCACCCGCAGACACCCGGGAUACGGCUAUCACGGAAACGCACACUCAUUCGAGAUCCCCACAAUGUACAGGCAUUACUACCCGGUCAACAGCAAAGUGAGAAUCGAAGAGGUCCGACUGCGGCCCAUCCUGAUGGCCACCAAAAAGAGGACCCUGAACACGGAAGGCGUGGUCGAAGUGAAGCACGCAGGGCGGUGGAGGCAGGUGUGCGACUUGGGUUGGAGUCUCAACAGCAGCAGAGUAGUGUGUGGGAUGCUGGGUUUUCCAGAGGCGACACAACACAACGUGAAGAUGUACAAGAAAAUAUGGGACACCAAGGUAGUAGAUCCAUCAACAAGGCUGAGUCUGAUGGCAAAGAAAAAGGGAUUCUGGGUAGAGAAAGUCAACUGCCUCGGCUCUGAAAACAGCCUCUCGGAAUGCCAAGCUCAGCUCUCAAUCCCCCGUAGCCCGGUGCCAUGUAAAAAUGGCAGGCAUGCCGUGGUCAAAUGUGUUCCGGGGCCUCAGUUUGCCAGGAUCUCCUCCGGGAGACCCCAAGCUCCUCAUCCAGUGGUGCCGGUGCGUCUGAAGGCCGGACCCAGGCUCGGUGAAGGCCGUGUGGAGGUGCUUCGUGAUGGAAAGUGGGGGACAAUCGUGGACCACUUGUGGGACAGACCUGCCGCCAGUGUGGUGUGCAGAGAGCUGGGGUUUGGAACAGCCAAGGAUGCCCUGCAGGGGGCCUUUUUUGGACAAGGCACAGGCCCAAUCCAUAUGAACACUGUCCAGUGUAUGGGCACCGAGCGCUCCAUCCUCGACUGCUACUACCAGGAGGUUCAACCGUGGACUUUCAAGCACAGCCAGGACGCCGGAGUGCGCUGCAAUGUACCGAAGACUGGCACUGAGCUCACGGUACGGUUGGCUGGCGGCAGAGUUCCAUCAGAAGGUCGUGUGGAGGUGCUGAUGGAGGUUGGGGGCCGUAAACGCUGGGGUUCUGUUUGUAGCGAGAACUGGGGUAUUAAUGAGGCCAUGGUCGUGUGCCGGCAACUUGGUUUCGGAUUUGCUGCCAGUGCACAUCAGGAGACCUGGUACUGGGCCGGUGAUCCAAAUGCCGCUGAUGUGCUGUUAAGUGGAACCCACUGUGUCGGCACUGAGCUUUCUAUUCAGCAGUGUCGCCGUAACAAUCACGUCCACUGUCCCCGAGGAGGCGGAACCAAGUCAGCUGGGGUCACUUGCUCAGACACUGCUCCUGACCUGGUCCUUGAUGCUCAGCUGGUUCAGGAGACAGCCUACUUGGAAGAUCGACCUCUUCACCUCUUGACAUGUGCCAAUGAGGAGAACUGUCUGUCCUCCUCUGCCGCAAGAAUGAACUGGCCCUAUGGACAUCGUCGGCUCCUGCGCUUCUCAUCUCGCAUCAUGAAUCUCGGCAAAUCCGAUUUCAGACCAAAAGCAACAAGGGAGAGCUGGACAUGGCACCAGUGUCACAGGCACUACCACAGCAUCGAGGUGUUCACGCACUACGACCUGCUGACUCUGAACGGCACGAGAGUGGCAGAGGGACAUAAGGCCAGCUUCUGUCUGGAGGACACUCACUGCCCCGACGGAGUCCAGAAGCGAUUCUCAUGCUACAACAUGGGGGACCAGGGCAUCUCUGUUGGCUGCUGGGACACUUACCGACACGACAUCGACUGUCAGUGGAUCGACGUUACCGACGUACGACCGGGGGACUACAUCUUUCAGGUGGAAGUCAAUCCUUCGAUGGACAUGGCUGAGUCUGACUUUAUGAACAACGUGAUGAGAUGUCGGUGCAAGUACGACGGCCACCGAGCGUACAUGUAUGGAUGUCAUGCAGGCGAUGCAUACAGUGCAGAGACGGAGGACCUGUUUGAGCACCAGGGUCAAAUCACCAACAACUUUGUGUAGCUGAUGCAUCAACGUGAGAAAUAAACUGUGCUGGCUGGGCUUCAUCUACCAGGGGCUCUCAUGUCGUCCAAACCUGCCUGCGCCUCAGAAGACUUAUACAUGAAAAGAGGACAACCUGUUUAAACAGUCAUCACUCCAGCAGAGACAAUUCUCAAGAGAGGAGCUGCUGGUGAAUAAUAAUUUGAGGGUGUGAUAUUGAGUGAAAUUCUUUUUGUGUGAAUGACAACUCUUCAUAUGUUUUUAGAAUAUAAAUUGGUUGAUAGUUUUUGUGUUUAAAACCCCCAAAUCAGUGCAUAUAACUGAGACGGAAAUAUGGUUGCUCAUUGGUUUUUGUCCUUCAGACUUUGAUUUAGAUGUUUCAUUGCUUUUGUUAUUUCUAAAUCAUGUUUUAUUUUGUUAAAAAAACCAUAAUGCUUCUCAUGAUAUUUCAACGAAUCAAAGCACUUUAUACAUAAAGGUCAGUAUUUUUAUACUUUUCAUUUCUUACCUUUUUUUGGAGCAUUUUACAAGAAUCACGAGACAGAUAUUGGGAUAAAAAAGCAAGUUUCCUGCUUUCAAAAAAAGUGUGCAGGCUCUCUACAAUGAUGUCACCAGCAAAAUAGCUGUAUUUAUCGAGUGUCACAAAUGAUUUGCGUCCCAUAUUUCCUUCAUAAAGCUGAAAUACAGAACUUUACAGAUCUGAAGCUACAUUUUACUACUACAGCUGCCUUCGUUUGUGGAGACCACAUGUCGGUCUUCGCAGCGAAAAACAUGUUUGUCUAUGAGAAAGAGAAAAAUAUAUAUUCACGCUGUCUAUUUUUAUAUGCCUGGCCUGCUAAAAUGACUGGAUGACUUUUUGCUGAAUAUGUAGCCCAUGACACACUGAUGUAACUGCGUAUGCUUUACAACAUGGAACUUGUGUUAAUCCUGUCUCUCACGCCAAUAAUGUGUUUGAUGUGUUGGGCUUAUUGUUGCAGUGGAGAAACCUGUAAAGACACUUUUCCAGUGGACAGAACUUUUACGAGACAUUGUGGGAAGCGACAUGAAGACAAAUGAUUUAAUAGAUGUAGCAGCAUGGUGUCCUGGCUGCGUGUCAUGGAAUUACAACUUCAGCAGUGACUUCACUUUAAACAACGCUUGCAUGUGUUCUGACUUGUUGAUGCCCGUGUUGACCUUCCACAACACUUGUUAUGUUACUGUAUGUGCUGUUUGUUAUGGCCAGUUUUGCUUUAUUUAAUUCUUAUUUAAAUAUGUAAAUGUGAGUAACAUGGUGCUUAUUAGACAACAGACUACAUCUCAUCAACCGUCAUCUAUGUAAAAGCUAUUGGAGUGAAUGUAGCUUUCAAGGCUGUCGAAGUGUGUUUGGGUUAGACAUGUGCUGAACUGAUUUCCUGGAGUCCAUCCACAACAACGUGCAAAACAAAGGUGUGCUCUCAGGGAAUUCACCAACGUGUUGUUUUUAUCUGUGACAUACAUUUCCUGAAACAAACUGUACUCUCAUUGUGGUUGUUUGUAAGGUUAGAAAAACAAAAUGAAGGGAGCUGGCUGUGUCCUCACGAAGGUUGGGAUGAUGUUGGACUGACUCUGGUGGAGUCAAAGUAAUUACGGUUUUAGAAACAUUCAUCACUCAUUCAUCAUUACUGUGAAUCAAUAAAACUUCAUCUCAUACUCAACUGUAGUUUGCAUCUGGCGUCUUUCUUAAAUGACCUGGUGCUCAAUCUUUCUUUUCAGAUCUCUUUGCUCAGGUGCUAAUAUAAAUAUGAAUUAUUCUUUUUUGACAUUCAGACUUUUUAACGCUGAGA